UGAAAAGGGACUCGAUACCGCCCCCCCGAAAAAAGCCUGGAAGAAUUGCGCUCCGUCAGUGCGCCCUGCCUGCCAGUCGGAGGAUGGGGAUUUUUUUUCCAUUCAUCCACGUCCCCUUUUUCCCUCCUCCUUCUCUCAAACAAGCCAGUCGGUCUGUCAAUGUGCUGCGAGCAUUAGGGCAAGUCAAACCAGUGGGAUUUUGAGGCAGAGAGACGGAUGAGAUAACGAAUGAAGCGCUUUUUCCUCCGGCCGAGAAGCGAAUCCGAAUGAUGCGCUACAGCAGAUAGGCGUCAAUUUCCAACCGGGACUGAUGCUCACAAGUCGCAUCUUAUUUUUUUAAUCACUUCACAAGUUUCGCGUUGGUCUUUGUGCGACAUUAUGAGAGUGGGGAUGCUUUUCUAGCUCUUUGGUUUGUUUCUCUCAGUUUUCUUGUGUUGCAGCCUGCAUUGAUUCCUUCACUUAUCACCCAUUUGGAUUUUUUUUUUUUUGGUCUUCAUUUUUAAUUUUUCAACGAAUCCGUUGCUGAAGGAUUUGCGGAUUUACAGCCCGUGUUGAACCUGUGUGUUUUUCCUAAGAGGAGAAUAAGGAUUGCAAUGCGCACUGACUAAGCCCACCGAGCAUCAACAUGUCUUUAUGAGGAUGGAGCUGUGGACACGAGUGACAUCUUUUCCGUUUUAAACGCUUUGCCUUCACAGUUUUUUUGUUUUUUUGGUGUGAUCUCGACUGUUUCCUUCCAACACACUGACAAUAUUUCUUUUCAGCGCAGCCUGACAUGUUGGAAGGUAGAUCUUCUUUCGAGAAAACAAGGUAAUGGGAGAGAAAUCACACAGAGUCGGCACAGAGAACAAGGGAACAUUGUUCGGGAAAAGACAAUUAGGGCGCACCGAAAUGCAACAGAAAUAGCUCCUGGGUGGCGAUAAAUUUCAGAAAAUACGAUUCAGUGGAGUUAUAUUCGAGCAGAGGAGCACUGCUUUGGAAAAAGGAGGACUAAUGACAAAUUAAUGGGAAAGUCAUGGGAUUGGCACUGAAAUAGUACGACCGUGGACGCGCAGAAAAACCGUCGUUUUUGGAGAUCCAGACGCACGGAUUGAGCAAGUUUCUUACGAGUGUGCUUUUGGUUUGAUCCCGUGCAAUUUGAUGAAUUGUGGAUCCAUGAGGUUGUAUACACCGGGCUUUCACUCCACACUUUGACUGCCUCUACCUAUAGCCUGCUCGGCUGUAGUCGCACAUCCAUUGUUUUGAGCAAUCUCCUCGCCACAGCAUUGAAAACAGCAUAAAAUAUCGCCCAUUUCUGUUAAAUGGGGCUACAUAUGCUGGGUGUCAGGGUUGAAAUGGCGUGUCGAGGAAGUGGAAAUGGAUUUUGGAUCCUGCUGAUAUUCAUACUGGAUUUACUGGGGACGACGGCCAGCAAUAUGGAGCCCAUCUACUGGAAUUCCCUGAACGAAAGGUUCAGGGACGACAAGGGCUACGUUCUGUACCCUCAGAUCGGGGACCGGCUGGACCUCAUCUGCCCCCCGCUGGACACCGCCAGGUCCACGCCAGAGUACGAGUUCUACAAGCUCUACCUCGUGUCGUCGCGAGAACAGGCGGACCGCUGCGAGGUGACCGGCGCCCCCAACAUCGUGCUGACCUGCGACGAGCCCGCCCGCGAACGUCGCUUCACCAUCAAGUUCCAGGAGUUCUCGCCCAACCUGUGGGGCCACGAGUUCAAGAGCAUGCACGACUACUACAUCAUCGCUACAUCAGAUGGGACGCGUCAAGGCCUGGAUAGCAUGAGAGGAGGAGUGUGUGCCACGCAAGGCAUGAAGGUGGUCCUGAAAGUGGGGCAGAGCCCAUAUGGGCUGCCUCCGAAGAAGGAGCCGCCAGCGGGACGCACCACCAGCAGAAACCCAGGCGGAGCAGGGAACUCCACCCAGUCUCGAGGACCCAACAGCUUUGGGAGCGAGGGCAGCGGUGAGAACGGCCCCCUUCAACCCUCCAACAUCGCCCUCAUUGCCGGUGCGGCAGGAGGCUCUGCCUUCCUCCUGCUGGUGACCGCCGUGAUCUGCGUGGUGUGCUACAGGAGGCGGCAUGCUAAGCACUCGGACACCCACCACCCUCCGCUGUCGCUGUCCUCGCUCACCAGCCCCAAGCGGGGAGGGGGCGGAGGCAUCAGCAGCUCCAACAACAACGGUUCCGAACCCAGCGACAUCAUCAUCCCACUGAGGACGUCGGACUCAGCCUACUGCCCGCACUACGAGAAGGUGAGCGGAGACUACGGGCACCCCGUCUACAUCGUCCAGGAGAUGCCGCCUCAGAGCCCGGCCAAUAUCUACUACAAAGUAUGAGACGGCCGCUGCUCUGGCCGACUGGACACAUCCACCUCCCUCUACCCGUUACCGACCAAUCCCCUGCUCCAAAUGAAGCCACAGCAAAGCUCGCCAUCACAGCUCCGACCCUGAGCCUCUCAAUACUACCAGUAUUGCCCCAUGGACCCUCCCCCAAAUCACUGCCCCGUGAGCCCAGCCACAGUUGUGUUUUAGCUGAAUAAACCACCCCACCCCAUUCCCACACAACUGGGCCACCAAGCGUGUGUUAAGGGCAAAGUCGUAGCCCUUCUUAACAAGGCCCUCACGAAUGGGCAAGAGCCUCUGAGUGCCCCCUUCUUGUUAACUCAGAGCUAAACGAGACCCACCCGUGCUGAAUUGAAGAGUCGUCCCCAUACCGCCAGCGUGUGUAUGUGUGUGUGGCAACACACUUUGUUUCUAGGAGUAUGGACCUGGCGUUGGGACUUGAGAUGUUUUACAAAAGAAAAAGAAAAAGAAAAGGACUACAACUAAAAAAAAACUACACCCUUGAUCCCACUUAGCGCCAGAGAACUCUGAUUCCCAGAGGCCAUACCUGCCUAGCCCAACGCCCCACCCCUCAGAGCUCCAUCAGCCAACCAGAGACCGGCCCCUGCCACUAACUCACCAAUAGGAUUCUAGUUUGUUUGUGUUCGUUUCUCCUGAGAAAAUAGGGGGCCUCGGACUCACUCAAUCAGCAAGCCCCGGGCGGCGGUCACAUGACCAGGCCCAGGCCUGAGGAGGUCUGACCAAUCGGUGACACUCAGAAUCUUGUAUAUUUUAAUAAUGUGCGUGUGUGACUGCGCGAGUGUGCAUACAACUUGGAUAAUAAUUAUGGCGCUGCUGCUCCACAUUAGACGUGUGCGUGCAGUUAGUGUGCUUUCAGUACAGCAAGUCUGCAUAUGAGUUUGCAUAUGCACGCGUGGGGUUUAGUUUGUGUGUGUGUGUGUGUACGCUUUGUGUGUGAGUGACUGUGCGUACGCGUGCGUUCUUUAGACUUGUCUUAAAUACCAAAACACAAAAUAGUGAGCGAAUAUCAAAAAAGUGAGAUUUUUUAUCGCUAUCAACACUUAUAGAUUAUAUAUAUGAAUAUCCAGUAAAUAAUUUCUAGAUGUUUUUUUUCUGUUUUCUAUUGUUUUUAUUAUUUUUACCCACUCUCUUAAACUACACUUCUGUUGCUAGACAUUUUUUUAUCUGCUGUUUUUGUUUUUUUUCCACAACUUAGAACGACCUUGUUUCCUGCCUUUUCCCUUUGCGUUGUAUAUUAAUUUAAUCCCUUUUUUAAUUUUCCCGGUGAACAGAGGUUGUGUCUCUCUUCCUCUCUUCCCUCUCUCAUUCACUUCCUCCCUCCCUUUUUCUCCCCACCCCCCCUCCCACCCCUCUAGGGUCUCUGAACUCUGUGUAUAUUUUUAUAGCUCCUUGUACUAUGCUGUAGUUUUGAAGUUUAGACCUCGUUUGUGGAAGUGUUGAGGUAGAACCAUCUAUGAAAGUUUUUUUUUUUUUUCAAACGCUUUUUUUGAAACGCAGAAGUGAAAAGAAGUGAGGGGGGAGGGGUGGUGAUGGCGGGGUGGGGGGGUGAGAGGGGAUGAAAUGAAAAAGAAGAAUAAAGGGAAAAGAACAGGGCGAGAGAGAGUGCUGUCUGGGGAGGAGGAAUAAAGCGGCGUCUGAAUGCAGAACUUUAAAAAAAGAGAGAGAGAAAGAGAGGAAGGGAGGGAGGGAGACAAGGAAAGAAAAGACUGUGAAGGAAUUGCACACUAAAGAAAAAGAAGCUGAGGGGAGGGGAAGGAUGGGAGCGGCAGGAGUGAGAGAUGAAGGAUCCCAAGGAAGGAAGGAUGGAGAGAGCAGAUGACAGAGGGACUGGCGAAAGGAGAGAAACAUUUUCUUUGAACGGAGGGGUCUGAGCCUCCUCGACGAAGGCGACGGAACCAACAGCCAAAACGGAUUUCGGAGGAGCUGAACUUUAACCACGGAAAGGAGAGAUCUCAUCACUCACUCUCUCACACACACAUCUACUGUGACUCGGUCACACUUAACGUGAGGUGGCACAUUUCAGAUUUGCUCCUCCUUUUCCGCCAAAAUUUGUGUUGAAAUGCAUCUCACACACACACACACACACACACACGCUCUCGUUUAUUAUAAUGACACACACACAGUACAGUCCUAGCUGCGGACGCACACAGGAGAAAUCACACAGGAGAACUCCCCCCCAGCAGUCGGUACACUCUGUUUGACACACACCCCCCUCCCACAAAACCUAACACAAAUUUCACACCUUUUAAUGACUGUCACAAAUGCCUACUGAUUGCAUUGAAUGACAUACAUUCUCUCUCGCUGCCGCUUGCUUUCUCACACACUUUCACCCACACUCGACAGAAACGCUGAUUGCUUUCAUAUGACUCUAUUUCUGUGAUUAAGACUAACCCGAUGGACACGGGAGGGAUGAAAAGAGCGUUUGUGUGCCGUGUGUUUUCUCCUCUCUUUCACACGCCCUCACGCACACACACUCACACAAACACGCCAGUGCCCCAGCACCUCGACCUCGAGGGCAAUAACACAACGCUGUGUUCAGAGGUGCAAUAUGUUCACAUGUGCAUACUAAAAAAAAAGCUGUUUUGUGUUGCUCAAACAUGUUUAUGGCUUAUGUGUAAAAUGGGUGGCAGUGGAGAGCUUAAGCUUUUUAUUUUUCCUUUCAGACACAUAAGGCCUCCAGUGAUGUAGCCAUGUUUUCUGUGUGAAGCCAGUGUUAAAUCUGGACCUUACAACAUUUCUCAGCUGUGUUUUGUAUCAGUAUCUAACAUCAUAUAAUGAGAUAUCUUUCAUACUUAAGUGUCACAUUCGUCCCAAAUGACUUUGUUCAAAAACACAGUGAUGAUGUUCAGAUAUGUUUUUAUACCAUGAAUGAGUUUGGAUUGUAUUUGACUGUAUCGAAAUUGAUUUCAAAGAUGAAAAUGAGGCUGGAAACACCUCAAAUUCUUCUUUUUGUACAACUACCGACUUGUGUUUUGUUUCUUUUUUAUGUAUGCUGUUAAGUCUAUGUCUAUUUAAACAUGCUCAGAGUACCUAAAAUAUCCUCCAAGCCAAAUGAAGUGUCUGUUUCUCUCUCUUCAACAACUUCUGCAACUCUUUGGAGCACUCCGAUCCAAAAUGACAGUGUUUUUCAUCCGAAAAUGGCCUCUGCCUGCGUGGGGGGAAACAAAUCUCCUCGGACUUUACGACGUCAACUCUGACGAAGAAGCCACUGCCCCGUUUUCAGUCCAUUUCGCUCCCUGUCCCCCCUCCCCCUCAGCAGAAUGUCAAGUAUCUCUCGGACUCUGUUUUUUUUCCUUUCUAUUGUUUGAUUUCCAUGUCGAUGUUAUUUCAAGUUGUGUCUCUGGCUCUCACUGUUUGUGUUUGACUGGUCGACUCAACGUGUUUCUAAAAACCACGGACACAGCCACUGGUUGUCAUGUUGAAAAGAGAAAGAAGAAAAGUGCUGUUUCUAUGGAACGGGGGAGAGAGAGAAAAAAAAGCAGCAGCUACCGCCUAGCUCCCUCACCUCUACCGUUGGUGAAAGUGUGUAUGUGUGUGUACAUGUGUGUGAGUGUGCGUGUGUGGUUUUUUUGUGCCAAUAGACAGCAAGCGGAGGCCGCGGAGCGAAGGUGGCUCUCGUAUGUAACGUGUUGAGACUUUGUAUUUGGGACACCUCUGUGUGAGAAG